AGACCGGAGCGUCUUGUGCGUAACGAGGAUGAUCCGGUGAAGGUGAACACACAGGGAGAGAGAGAGCGAGAGAGACACUUAUCACACGUCUCUCCCUCAUCAACAUACCUCAGCUCAGAGGAGUCUGAAACUUCAGCACGAGACACGGACAGGGGGGCACACUCUCCGAGACGCGUCCAGACGCGGAAUCCACGAGGCUAUGGACAGGAGGCUGAACCUGAGCGGAGGCGCGGGGGACAUUUUUCACAAAACUCUCAGCGCCGUGUCCAACAAAAAGAUGGACCCCUUCAGAUCCAUCGAGCUGCCGACCAGAGACCGACAGUCUCCAAUGAGCUGCUUCGAUCAGGCGGACCCGGACCCGAUUCAGCCGGGGGGACUGGCUGGGAGCAGAGGGGGUACGCUGGGUCUGCCGACCGGAUCUUUGUGCGUCAAUUACGGGGAGAGCGCCAACAGGACCUCCGCGGCGGAGAGCAGCGGCGGAGAGCAGAGCCCCGACGAUGACAGUGACGGCCGGUGCGAUAUGGUCCUCCUGACCGAUGUGCGCACCGCGGCCGGGGGGAAAGCAGAGGGAGGUAAGAAAACCAAAGAGCAGAAGUUACUGAGGCUUAACAUCAACGCCAGGGAGAGACGGCGGAUGCACGACCUGAACGACGCACUGGACGAGCUCCGGGCGGUCAUCCCGUACGCGCACAGCCCGUCGGUGCGCAAACUCUCCAAAAUCGCCACUUUACUCCUCGCCAAGAACUACAUCCUCAUGCAGGCGCAGGCGCUGGAGGAAAUGAGGAGGCUGGUGGCGUACCUGAACCAGGGCCAGGCCAUCUCCGCAGCUUCCAUACCGGCCACCACCGCGCUGGCGGCGCCCGGCCUGGGCGCGUAUGAGCAGCCGCCCGGUUACCCCUUCCCGAGCGGUGUGGCCGCGUCCUCCUGCCCAGAUAAAUGUGCCCUGUUCAACAACGCCACCUCCAGCCUGUGCAAACAGUGCACUGACAAGCCUUAACUGCGCCCAAAAUGACUCAAAAAGACGCACAGAAGACAGAACAGGUUCCACUUUGGAGGACACAUUUGGAGAAACAAGAAGAAAAGAGACAAACUCCUGUUGUAGACUAGACUCAAAAAGUAACGCCGGUUUUAUAAUAUUUACUAAAUGCAUUAAAAUGCGCUUUUCGUUUCUGUUUUUAUUCUGUUCCAACAAAACUUGAUUGUGUAUCUAAAUCAUUCUUAAAGUGCUGGUGAAGGCCAAACGGAAGAAGGCCUGGACGCUGCAGCUGGUGAUGAUGGACCCUCUUUGAAGAUUUGGUGACCUGACAAUUUGCGACUUUUUUAUUUGUAAACGGAGCGUCGCUUUCUGCUGCUUCACGAUCAGACACUUUCCGUUCCUUUCAGGCCUGAUUUCAGAAUGUUGUCAAAGGAAAAGCUCUUAAACAUCAGUUUGUGACAUUUAAACCCUAAAUUCUGUUCGAUCAGAUGCUUUGAUGUGUGUUUUGUAAUUUAUUGAUCCUGGAUAUUUAUGAUGGAUUUAUUUUUAUUUUUUUGCUUACUUUGCACUUCGUCAUCUAAGUUGAUGUGUUUUUUUAUUCACGUUUUCCUCUCAAACACGAUCGCGUUGUCAGGUCAGGUUGUGGUUUUAAUUGUAGAUACUUUAGUUGUUCUAUAAGCAAAGAGGGCCGUUUGUAUGUAUUUCAGUGUUGAAAAGCUUUAUUAAAAUAUUUUGAACAACAGAAAAAA